AUGGAUGAGUGUGAGACAGACUCCCACCAGUGUAACCCCACCCAGGUGUGUAUCAACACAGCUGGAGGAUACACCUGCUCCUGUACCGAGGGCUACUGGCUGGUCGGGGGACAGUGUCAGGACAUUGAUGAGUGUCGCUACGGUUACUGCCAGCAGCUGUGUGCCAACGUGCCAGGCUCCUAUUCCUGCUCCUGCAACCCUGGCUUCCUCCUCAACCCCGACAGCAGAACCUGUCAAGACGUGGAUGAGUGUGAGGACAACCCCUGCGCCCACGGCUGCUUCAACACCUACGGCUCCUACAUGUGUAGCUGUGAAGAGGGAUUCGAGCUGGCUGCUGACGGGACCACCUGCAAUGACCUGGACGAGUGUGGUUUCUCAGAGUUUCUGUGUCAGCACCGAUGUGUGAACACCCCUGGCUCCUUCCAGUGUCACUGUCCAGCGGGAUACUACCUUUACGAGGAUGGGAGGAGCUGUGAAG